UGCACACAUGCACUGGAAGAUCUGCAAAGAGUUCGGUAUUGAGGUGAAGGAUCGAUGGUAUGAACAUGAACCCACGACUGUCACCGAGAAAAACAAUAUCACCAUUUUGUGGGACAUGCCCAUCCACACUGACAGAACCAUCACAGCUAAUAGGCCGGACAUUGUGCUAAAGAACAAGAAGGACAAAACUUGCCUUCUCAUUGACAUGACCGCACCCCUCGACGCCAACACCUCAGUCAAAACCACGGAAAAGUUUAACAAAUACAAAGAUUUGGAAAUCAAGAUAGAGAGAAUGUGGGGGCUCAAAACAACAACAGUCCUGGUGGUUAUAGGAGCCCUCGGUAUUAUCAAGAAGGGCAUGGAAAGCUACAUCAACAAAAUCCCUGGCAACAUCAACAUACAUGAACUCCAGCAAAUAACUCUACUUUCUACUGCCCACCUUCUCAGGCGGGCCCUCUCCAUCAGGUAGAAACCCUCUUUGCCUCCCAAAGUAAAUCAAAAGUGGAGUCUUGAGAAAGAUGUGUUACAUAUGUAUCAUUGCUUCAUUGAUGUAAACCCGCAUAAACUAACUAACAUUGAAAACAGAGAAUACUUAACACCCUCACCCAUAAUUUUAGCUUUGUAAUUGUAUGAGCAUGAUAUGUUUACUGACUUAAACAUAUGUUUGACCUUUCUCUGGUAUUUAUUGCAGAUAAGCUGUAUCCCCAAUUUGUUACAAAAAUUUUGAGUAAAACUAUACGGUUUAUCUGCCAGAGUUUAUGGUAAUUGUUUCAUUAAAAGCGUCCCCAAAAUGUAGAAAAA